AUGAUACGCCCGACGCUUCGCGAAAAUCUCCUCGAACACGCCGACGAUAUCGAUGGGAUAGUGAAACAAAUGCUGGAAUGCCUGCUCGAACACGACAACAAAUCCGGGAGGGAGGAGGCUCUCAGCACGCUGUCUGGCCUAUUCGACUCACGCCACGCCAAGAUCAAGACCCUGUUCAACCAGAUUGAGGCCCACCAAGAGCGUACAAAUCUGAUACAGGAGCUAGAGAAGUGCAGCGAGGACCGCGACACUAUCAUCCAAAAUGUGGAAGCCGAUUUGCACACGGCUGAUGCGCUGCUGAAAAGUACAAUUUUUCAGGCGAACAAGAAAAUUCGCACUAUGCGCAACAGCGUCGAGCAGCCGGUGAACACCGAGCAGGCGCUGCAAAUGGCACACCAGAUUUCGAAGGGAUUUUCGGUGGCUGGACCGAUGAACUGGCAACAAGGCGAUCCGUCGAGGCCGUUUCCGACUGAAGCUGAAUUCCGGAUUUCCCAGUUGAUGAACCCGAAACCGAUGGGGAUGCCGGGAGCUGCUCCGACGUUAGGGAUGCGACAACCCCCCGCAGCUGCUGGCCGAGGUCGCGCGAUGAUGCCGCAGUCGCCGAUGAGCAGCUCGUAUGGCGCGCAACGAGGGUGGAGCCCACGUACAGGAUUUGUCGAAUCGCCAAGAACAGCGCGAAAUGGGAUCGGCGGUAUGUCGACGCCGCGUGCAGUUGGAACGUCACCAUUCGACAGUCGGAGGACGAGCACCGGAAGUGAGGUGAGAGUUGCGUUUACGACACCCCCUAUGCCGAGCCGUGCCCCGCCACCCGUCAGCAAUGUCGGGCAGAUGAGCAGCGAUUCGUCCUCGUCUUCGAGCAGUGAAGACGAAAGGAGACCU